AUGAUACGGUCACUAGGACUUCAGCUGCAGGCAUUCGAUUACGGGGCUCACACCGAUGAUGUUGGCAUUGAAUGGCGAAAAUGGUUGAGAUCAUUUGAAACGAUGAUCCGUGCAAGCCGGGUCGAUGACAAGGACUGGAAAAAGGAUUUGUUACAGAAUUAUGCUGGUCCAAGUGUUCAGCAACUUUUUGAUACGCUACCGGAAUUGGCUGGAGUUGAAAUGCGUGGGCCGUUGAUAAACGUCGAUCAUUAUAUGCCAAAUAUGACUAGUUACGAUGAAGCCAGAGCCAGGCUGAAUGAGUUCCUUGUACCAAAAGGAAACCCCACAUAUGAACGUCAUUUAAUGCGUCAAAUGAAACCAAGUUCCAACGAAAGUAUUGAUGCUUUUACCAUUAGAUUGCGUGUUGUUCAAGCAGAGCGGUGUGGAUUUGCAGACCGGGUGGAGGAAAAUAUUAAAGACCAAAUCAUCCAAAACAGCCAAUCAGCUACGCUACGCCGUGAUUUACUGAAACGUGGUGAGGCAAGUCUGGAGGAAGUAUUAAGCGUUGCAAAGAUUUUUGAAACGGUCGCUCAGCAAGAGAAAUCAUUUGUUAAGGAUGAACAUUUAAAACCACACGUCAGUGAUGUUCACAAAAUCGAUGUUAAACCUACUUUCGGCAGGCGUAAUCGGUUCGUUGGAACUAUUCGGUUCGAAUGCCAUCGUUGUGGAUACAAUGGGCAUAUGGCCAGAGAUGAAAACUGUCCUGCUAGAGGCAAAUCGUGUAACAAAUGCGGCAGAAUGGCCCAUUUUGCAAAAAAGUGUCGCAAGCGCAAGCAACCAGUCAGACAGGAAGGUAACCGAUUGUUAGAAAACCAGCGUAUUAGCAGCUUUUCCAAGCAAGAUUCUACUUCAGAUCAUUCCAACACAGUGAAACAUAUUGUUGACGAGAAACCCGAAUACAUUUUCAAUGUGACUACGAACAUGCACAAAAAUAUCCAUAAAUAA